UUCUGGUUCCUAGAGAAACACCCGGGUGAAGGGAGACGCUUAGAACAAGUCUUUAAUUGCAGCUCAAAGGAUGGCGACUUCUGGCAUGGCUACAUUUGAAAUUAACGAUGUGAAGCCAAAAAACAACAACAAACAUAAGUUUCUGCCGAUUUUCUUCUUCCUGUAUCUCAUCCUCUUGACGGGUGGAUUUGUGUACUUGGCUUAUAAAGAAACGGUUCUGGAGAAGGAACUUGCUCCCUUAAGAGAUGUCUGCAGCCAGAGAUGUCCUGAGGAGCCCCAGACUCCGGGGCCAUUCAUUGUCGGUAUGGAGGGGUCCGCUAUGGACUCUGAUGUGGAGGAGAUGGUCCACGGCCUGAACGUCACCUCUCUGUCAGUGCGGACCCGGGUGACGACUCUGGAGCGGGAGAUCCGCCUCAUUCAUGUCAAGAACACGGAGCUGAGCAUGAAAAUCAGCAACAUUACGUUGUCAGAGGGGCGACCAGGAACUGAUGGGAGACCAGGCGAGCAGGGGCCCCCAGGAGCCCGAGGAGAACGAGGACUUCCCGGCCAGAAAGGAGAGGAAGGACGCGGCGGUAAGGAGGGUCUCCCCGGACCUCAAGGCCCAGCUGGACCCCCCGGGAAGGAUGGUGCUCCUGGUGCACAGGGACCAAAAGGAAGCAAAGGGGAAACUGGUAUAAAUGGAGCCCCAGGAUCAGUGGGAAUUCCUGGAAUAAAUGGAGAAAAGGGAGAGAAAGGCGACUCAGGUUUUCCCGGUCAGAAAGGAGAUGAUGGAAGCCGCGGGGGAGGGGGCCCCUCAGGGCCAGCAGGACUUCCAGGAACAGAUGGUGCGAAAGGCGAACCUGGAAGGCCGGGACAAGACGGACAAAAAGGUGCAGCAGGAUUUCCAGGAAUUCCAGGAAGCCCCGGAAUGCAAGGUGCAACUGGACAAAAAGGAAGCAAAGGGGAUGCUGGUGUGGCUGGAGCUCCAGGAAUCCCUGGAAUACCUGGGAGUAAGGGACAGAAAGGAGAAGAAGGGAAACUCAUUGGCGGAGAAAGUGCGAGGAAACCUGGAAGAGAUGAAGCGGCUGUCAGUCUGUCCGUGGCUGAUACUAGACUGACCGCCGCACUGACACUGCUGCCUGACCACAUAUUGCAGUCCUCCUCGGCUCUCAGCACAUCCUGUGGCUCACAUUCUACAUGCGCAGGAAACCAGAGGCUGAUCUCACUGCAGGCGCAGCGAAACCUUGUGUCGGCGCGGCGCUUCUUAUCCUUAUCUGCCUCCAGUCUCCUGUAA